GAGGGAGACACAGUUAGUUAGAGCGGUCCUCCUGAGCUUUACUUUAAUACUUUGAGCUGGACACAAAGAUGACAGGACCGUAUGAGUCGACUCACUGCAGACCAUCGAGUGAAACGGAAACGCGGUUUAGAAGCAGUUUAAAUCGGAGUUGUUCUUUCCCUUCUCUUUGUUUAAAGCUAUUUAACUAAGUGUCAGUCAGCUGACUGCAGCUGCACGCAGGCGGAUUGUUUAUCUGGACAAGCACGACGCUGUGUGGGGUUAAGACAUGAGUGUCCUUUUGUGGGAUCAGCUCCAGGCUGGGAGCUCGGAGGUGGACUGGUGUGAAGGGAAUUAUCUCAUCUAUCCAGAAAUAGCAGAGUUUUAUAACACGAUAAGCAAUUUCUUAUUCUUCAUCCUGCCCCCUAUUCUGAUGUGUCUGUUUCGUCAGUAUGCCACGCAUUUCAACAGUGGCAUCUAUCUGAUCUGGACCCUCCUAGUGGUGGUCGGAAUUGGCUCCACUUAUUUCCAUGCUACCCUGAGUUUCCUGGGACAGAUGCUGGAUGAAUUGGCGAUACUCUGGGUUCUUAUGUGUGCCAUCGGCAUGUGGUUCCCCAAGAGAUACCUGCCCAGGAUUUUCCGUCGAGACAGAUCAAGGUUUAAAAUGGUCAUAGGCAUCCUCUCUGGGAUCACCACUGGUCUGGCUUUCAUUAAGCCUGCCAUUAAUUCGAUUACGUUAAUGACACUGGGAAUUCCAUGCACGGCUCUUCUCAUCACAGAACUUAAGAGGUGUGAGAAUCUGCGCGUGUUUAAGCUGGGCCUCCUCACUGGUCUGUGGUGGACUCUAGCACUCAUGUGCUGGAUCAGUGACCGUAUCUUCUGUGAGAUGUGGUCAUCUGUAAACUUCCCAUACCUCCACUGCGCCUGGCACAUUCUGAUAUGUCUGGCCUCCUACCUUGGCUGUGUGUGCUUCGCUUACUUCGAUGCAGCCACUGAAGCUCCAGAACAAGGCCCGGUGGUUAAAUUCUGGCCCAGUGAAAAGUGGGCCUUCAUUGGAGUGCCCUAUGUAACUCUGCUUUGUGUUCAUAACAAACAAUCCAUCAAGGUGACAUGAUCAGAUAGUGGUGCUUAAAAUAUCAGAUAUCAGUGCACUUUUAUGGACUGAGCAUUCUUUAGACUGAGGAUUAAGUGGCUCCAUGAAGUGCUUUGUUUGUAUUGUUAAUUUAUAUACUUCACAUAAGCAUAUUUUAUUAUGAAAACAUCCCAAAAA